AUGGUCGUAUGUGAGGCGGAUCAGCUGGGCCCGGUUGUAGCGGGGGCUGACCCCGCCGCCUCGUGCCGCGAUGUUCCCGGUGAGAACACGGGCUUGAUCAUCGAAAUGAUGGGCGAUAUGGUAGAAUCUGUGCCUGGCACGAUCGCGUGCCUGACCCAGCAGCCCGAUAGCGGCAAAAUCAUUUACACUUUUCCUCUCCUUACGGAAUGCAUUUCCUCGAUAACCCAUCCCAACCAAAACUUCGCCAUGUGCAAAACUAUUAGCUACAAGAGGAGCCGGUGCGUCUCGUGCAAAAGGGAUAUCGUCAAGAAGGACAAACAAGAGAUCUGCGACAAGGCCGGUGGUAAAUACGGCAAGUGUGGCACCACCACCAAAGUCACCAUGGCCGCCCCGUGCCCCAGUCCCAAGUGCGUCCAAAUCAAAUAA